ACCAGCGGUGCUCUUGUUGAGCGUGCAGGACAUCGAUUUCCUUUUAAAUCCAGUUUUUUAUUUUGUGUCCCAGAGAUGGGGGACAGCUUUGCUUAUCCUUCAGUUUUUGUUGUGGAUGGACAGUCCGAUAUGGUCCCUUUUGCUACCUCGAGUAAGAGGAAAAAACUGACUUUAACACACAAGUUCCUUGGGAUGCUGGUGCUGUUGGCUCUGGUUGGAGAUGGGUUUGGAGCCUUCUAUCUGUGGAAAUUGCGUUUUGACGUGCAGAAAUUCAACUCCAUGUUUCUAGAUAUUAAGAAUUCUUCCCUUAGUGAUGGAAGAAUCCAAGAUUUGAUCCUUCUACAUUCAACCAGACCUGCAGCUCAUGUUACUGGAUGUAAUUGUAGUUCUUCUAGACAUGGCCGACUGCACUGGGAACACAAAAGAGGAAUUGCUUUCUUGCGUGGAAUUGACUAUAAAGAAGGAGCUUUGGUGAUUAAGAAAUCUGGACAUUAUUUCAUUUAUUCCAAGAUCCUUCUGGGAGAAAUAAGUUGUGAUGUUGAAAGAAAUGGAUUUCUGAAACAAACAGUAUUUAAAGAGGGAGCAGCAUAUCCAAAACCCAUUGAGCUAAUGACUGUUCGGAAAUUCUUUUGCACAGAUCAGAACGCACACAACUGGUUGGACAAUAGUUACCUGGGUGCAAUAUUUAAGUUUAAUGAAGGGGAUCAAGUGUUCAUCAAAAUAACAGAUAAACGAUUUCUGACAGUCAUCAAUGAUGCAGAAACCUUCUUUGGUGCAUUAAUGAUUUAAUGUAUUUACCGGGCUUUACAUCCAUCUAUUCUAUUCAGUAAAUGAAAACCAUCUUUGAACCUGACUAUUAUCUCCUUGGUUCAUCUAAAGGCUCGAACUGUCAUACUCGAAAGCAAUUAACUCAGACCUGUAGUAUUGAUUAUACGAUGGAAGCACAUUCUCUAAAAUUGCAAUUGAUAUUAUGUGCUUAUGUGCCAAUUGUGUCUGCUGCCAUUAUUUUUGGCGUUGUCUCUUUUUAUUCACCCCAUCAGGACUAAACAGCACAUGCCUGAUUUAAUAUUAACCAUUGUUUUAUUUAUUGAUGCUUUGGUAAAUGUCCCAAACACUUAAGUUUGUGAUACCAUCUCCUUAUUCCAUUCCAUAGGUGCUUGCUGACCUACUGAGUUCCUUCAGCAUUGUGUGUGUAUUUUCCCUAGAACAGGGGUUCCCAACCUGGGAUCCACAGACCUCUUGGUUUAUGGUAUUGGUCCAUAGCAUGAAAAAAGGUUGGGAAAACUGUGCCCUAGGCAUAGAAAACUGAAAAAUUUACAUCAGAAAAUGUAUUACUAAA